AUGAUGAGUGCCGCUGAGCGGAUCAAGGCCUCUGAAUGGACCCCAGCAGCAAGACCUACUGCAGCCUCGCUAAGAGGCGGCCCCUUCCCAAGCUCAAAUCAACGCUCUGGUCCUGAUUUGAGCUCACCCUCUCCUCCUGUCAACCUUUCUGUCAAUUCGUCCAUGUCUUCGUCAACAGAUACAGUCACCAAGGGCACUCUAGGGUUCAGAGGCGAACCAGCACGCACUGACGCAGAAAGGACUUUCAAGGAGAAGGCAGUUCCGGUUCUGGAAUCUAGGGAUGCCAUGGACGCUGCGUCCAGGGCCGUUCCUCCAGCUGCUACGAUCUUUCGUCCUAAAGAGCCAGUGUCGACCCGAAAACGCUCAAACCGGGAAAGUAUCAUUAUGCUGAAGGCGUCAGCUGUCAACGGCUUCAAGUUUCCACCUUGGGAGAAGAAUCCAACCCCCGAUGAAUUCUCGGUAAUAGAUGGAGCUCCCUCAUUCAUGGAUUCUCGCGAUCUCAGUCUGUCUUCCUAUCAGCAAGAAUUAUUCGCAGGAUGGGUGCGCGCUGCUGAAGCUCUCCCGCCUGCCUCGAUGUAUCCUCAUGGCAAGAAUGGCCGGGGCCCGGUGAUGGUAUCUGACCCUCCUAUUGACCUCGUCCAAGACGCAGCAACAGACUGCUCUGUCGUAGCCAGCCUAUGUGCUGCUGUUGCUCGAGCUGAGCGGGGCCAUGAUCAGCUGCUCUCCAAAAUCAUCUGGCCAUAUGAUGAAAAGAGCGGCUGCCCACUGUUGUCUCCGAAUGGUAAAUAUGUUGUACGCUUGAACUUCAACGGCUGCUGGCGGAAGGUUGUCAUCGAUGAUCGAUUGCCUGUGUCUAAAACCCACCGACUCCUACACGUCAUCGAUCGACACAAUCCAUCCUUGUUGUGGCCAGCCCUCAUAGAGAAGGCAUAUCUUAAAACCCGGGGUGGCUAUGACUUUCCGGGAAGUAAUUCUUGUAACGACUUAUGGACAUUGACCGGUUGGAUACCGGAAGAAGUAUAUUUGCAAGAGGCGGAGACCGUCCCCAAUAAGCUCUGGAGGCGGAUAUACAACUCAUUCCGACAUGGAGACGUUCUAGUCACGCUGGGGACUGGUAAGUUGUCCCAUGCGCAGGAGUACGAGUUUGGCUUGGAGAGUCAGCACAGCUAUGUGGUAUUGGACAUGAAAGAAACGGAUGACGACCGGUUGUUCCUUGUCAAGAACCCUUGGUUGGAGGGCAAGGGAUGGCGUGGGGACCACACUACAGAUGGACAGACCCAGGGUGAAUCCCUUCCCGAACCUACUGAUGGCACUGCCAUGAUUGCUCCAUCCAGCGGCAGCGGCCAACCGACAACGUUCUGGAUCGGGCUUCACCAAGUCAUACAACAUUACGAGCGUCUAUACCUGAACUGGAACCCAGGCUUGUUCCGUCAUCGCCAAGAUAUACAUUUCGAAUGGACCCUCGAUGGUGAAUCCAAUCGGCGAGUAGGCACAUGCAUUGCCAACCAGCCUCAAUUCGCGUUCGCAUCAAAAGGUACGGAUAUCGUCUACUUUCUGCUCUCUCGGCAUUUCCGUGAUAGACCUGGAAACCCGAACGAUGAGUCCGCACACGGAGCUGGUCCACAAGACACCCAUCGCCCUCCGGGAGACGUACUAGAGGGGUUCAUGAGUAUCUCAGUCUAUGACGGCAAGGGACAGCAUAUGUACGUCAAAGAUCUGGAUGUGGAGCGCGCACCUUAUGUGAAUACUCCUCAAUGCCUCUUGCGAUGGGAUCCACAAGCGGGGAAGACCUAUACAGUGGUGAUUGAUCAGGACGAAUUUCCGGAGGGAACAUGUACCUUUUCUCUAUCGGCAUUUUCCAAUGCGCAGCUGUCUCUCGAACCAGCAACAAGGUUCUAUCCUUGCCAGCAGGUCGUCCAAGGUGCAUGGACCAGCCAUACAGCUGGUGGAGAUGCUCAGACACCGACCUACUACAGGAAUCCUCAGUAUGCAUUGGAAGUUCGACAUCCGACCUCUCUGGCCAUGUUGCUGACAAGUACGACGCACUCGAACCCGCUCAAUGUGAAGCUUACAUUAGGCCGUGGGAAACGGGUGUAUCGCCUGCAAAGUCGAGAUGUAGUGGCCGACUCGGGCAACUACAAGGGAGGAUGCGCAUUCGCCUCGUGCAAGGAUCUUCAACCGGGGCUUUACACGGUCAUAUGCUCUCUCUUCGAAGCUGAAAAGACGGGAGACUACGUUUUACGGGUCGACAGCACUGAUGAAGUGGUAUUGAAAGCCAUACCGCGCGAUGGGGCAGGACUUUUGGCAAUGAAAAUUGCUCCAGCUCGCUUUGCACCGGGGGUUCACAAGCUAGCGGUUCCGAUCCGGCCGCGGCGACUGGUGACGGUCACAAUGGCCGCUCAGUCUCUGAAAGCGGCCAACACACACACGCAGCGGGCGAGGAAGGUCAGCCGAAGUGGAAACCCAUGGCGAUUGAGUAUCGAGCAGGGGCGGGGACCGAACCGCAGGUUUCUGCUGAGCAGUGAAGACGGGGAGUACUCGGAUAGUGUCAUGAUACGGACGGAACCUGUCGACUUGGAACCGUCGAUGCUGAUGUAUGCAGAUAUGUUCGUGGUCAUCGAACGUCUUUCCAGCCCUAGCGGACCCAUGGAGGAGUGGUACGAGGUGGAGAUGCUGACCGACGUACCUGAUGCAUUCGACAUCGGCGGUUGGCAAGAGCGUGACAAUUGA